CUUUUUCUUCUUUCUUCAUUUAAUUAUUUAUUUUCUUUUUCUUUCUAACUCAACCGGACGGACCCAGCGCCUUCUCUCGUCUCCUUUUCCUCUUUCUCUGUCCAAUUCUUUCGGGGCUGAGAGCCCCGACCCAUCUGUCGUUCGGAAACUGCAUACCUGCUCCUCAAUGUACUCAGCGAUCCACUCGCUGCCACUCGACGGCAGCGUUGGUGGUCACACCGAGUUUCAAAACUCAUUUGAUGGAACCAACUUGCCUAGUGAUGCCUGCCUGGUCUUGACGACAGAUCCCAAGCCCCGCCUCCGCUGGACUGCGGAGCUCCAUGAACGCUUCGUUGAUGCUGUCACUCAACUUGGUGGCCCUGAAAAAGCAACACCUAAGACUAUUAUGAGAACAAUGGGAGUAAAAGGCCUCACUCUUUAUCACUUGAAGUCACAUCUUCAGAAAUACCGCUUGGGGAAACAGUCAUGCAAAGAAUCAACUGAGAACUCCAAAGAUGUUGCAGUGUCUUGUGUUGCUGAAAGCCAGGAUACUGGUUCAUCAACAACAUCAUCAACAAGAAUGGUAGCGCAAGAUCUGAAUGAUGGUUUACAGGUUACUGAGGCUUUGCGAGUACAGAUGGAAGUCCAACGAAGAUUACAUGAGCAGUUGGAGGUUCAGCGUCAUCUCCAACUACGAAUUGAAGCACAGGGCAAAUACCUGCAGACAAUACUUGAGAAAGCCUGUAAAGCUCUGAAUGAUCAGGCUGUUGCAUCUGCUGGGUUGGAAGCUGCAAGGGAAGAGCUUUCUGAACUAGCUAUCAAGGUUUCCCAUGAUUGUCAAGGGCUGGUUCCAUUGGAUACCAUAAAAAUGCCAUCCGUAUCUGAACUUGCUGCCGCUUUGGAGAAUAAAAGUGCUUCAACUAUACCGGCUCGAAUUGGUGACUGCUCCAUUGAAAGUUGCUUGACUUCAAGUCGAAGCCCCAUAUCUCCAAUGGGUUUGACCACACAGGCUUCUGCCAUGAAGAAGAGAUCAAGACCAUUGUUUGGUAAUGCAGAUUCCUUGCCCCUGGAAGCCAACAUGAGGCAAGAAUGGAUGAUGCCUAGUAUUUGAUGAGUAAUAGAAAAAACCAUUCUGCCCUAGAAAUGAAACCCUUUUCCGAUGUUUCGUUUUUGCUCUUUUAUCUUCUUGUUAAUCUAAAAUGUCUCAUCCUUUUAUCAACUGUCUGUAUAUUCCUGAAGCAGAUCUCUUUGAAAAUGGGGGUUACCUUUAUUUUAUGACUUGGAAAUGCCUCGUUCAAUAUUAAUCUAUUUUUCCUCUUCGGGUUGAUGGAAA